UUGACGUUACCAAUACAACUCUUCCAAUAUAUUUUUUUAAAUUCGUUAGAAUGUUCCAUCUGAAUAUAAGGAGUAUAAUCUCGGCGAGCAGAUUUCAUUUCAACGUCCAAACGCGACGCUUCUGCGGCCGCAAAACCAAAGAAAAACCGAAAAUCGAUCCGAUCCAACAACUAUUUUUGGACAAAUUGCGGGAGUACAAAGAGAAGAGCGACAACGGCAGGAAGCUGGUCGAGCCCGAGCCGGAGCUGUUGGAGGAAUUAAAAAUCGAAUUGGCCAGAAUUGAUAGGGCGUACGGUGCCGAUCAGAAGGGCGCCAAUAUGACCGAGUUUCCCACGUUCAAAUUCGCGGAUCCCAAAAUCGAUCCCAUCACGCUGGCGGAGGAGGAGAAAUUGCACAAGGAAAGAGAGGAAGAGCUGAAGAAAUUGUGGCAAACCGCCCACAAACCGGCCGAGAAGAAAGAAAUCAAGAAAGACGCGAAAACGCCGCCGGGAGCGGACAAAGGGAAACCGGAUAAAGUUGCCGAGCAAAAGGGAAAAGUGGAGAAGAAGGGUGAAAAACCUGGUGAAGUUAAGGCGGAAAAACAAGCGGCUGCGAAAGGCGGUAAACCAGCUGAUAAGAAAGUGGAUAAACCUGCUGAUAAAAAGCCGACGGAGAAAAAGAAAUCGAGUAAAACUGAUGAAAAAGGUGGGAAAACUGGAGGAAGUAAAAAGUAAAUUAA